GCGUUUCUAAGGCGACGCCCGGCCCGGCGGUGACAGUAGGAGGAGGGCGGCGGGUGGUAGCGGACGGGUCUGCGUCGGGCCGUCAUGGAGCACAUCCGCACCACCAAGGUAGAGCAAGUGAAGUUACUGGAUAGGUUCAGCACCAGCAAUAAGUCUCUGACAGGAACUCUGUACCUUACAGCAACUCAUCUGUUAUUCAUAGAUUCAAGCAGGAGGGAGACUUGGAUAUUACAUCAUCACAUUGCUGCAGUGGAAAAACUUCCCUUGACUACUUCUGGCUGCCCCCUUGUCAUCCAGUGCAAGAACUUCAGGAUAGUUCACUUUGUUGUUCCCAGAGAGAGAGAUUGUCAUGAUGUUUAUAACUCUUUGCUUCAGCUGUCAAGAACAGCAAAAUACGAAGAACUGUAUGCCUUCUCCUAUAAUCCAAAGCAAAAUGAAUCUGAGCAAGUGAAAGGUUGGCAGCUUAUUGAUCUAGCAGAAGAAUAUAAGAGAAUGGGAGUGCCAAAUGAUUACUGGCAGUUGUCUGAUGCAAAUCGUGAUUAUAAGAUUUGUGAAACCUAUCCUAGAGAUCUUUAUGUUCCUAGAACUGCAAGCAAGCCCAUAAUUGUUGGUAGUUCCAAGUUCAGAAGCAAAGGAAGAUUCCCAGUGUUGUCCUAUUAUCAUAAGGAUAAAAAGGCUGCAAUUUGUAGAUGCAGUCAGCCUCUCUCAGGUUUCAGUGCCAGGUGCCUGGAAGAUGAGCACAUGUUGCAAGCAAUCAGUAAAGCAAAUCCCUCAAAUCGCUACAUGUAUGUCAUGGACACCAGGCCAAAGCUUAACGCAAUGGCAAACAGAGCUGCUGGGAAGGGCUAUGAGAAUGAAGACAACUACUCUAACAUUAGGUUCCAGUUUGUUGGAAUUGAAAAUAUUCAUGUAAUGAGAUCCAGCUUACAAAAACUCUUGGAAGUCAGUGGCACAAAGGGUUUGUCUGUCAACGACUUCUUGUCUGGUUUGGAGAGUUCUGGAUGGCUGCGUCAUAUCAAAGCUGUGUUGGAUGCUGCUGUUUUCCUAGUUAAGGCAAUAGCAGUUGAGAGUGCAAGUGUAUUAGUGCACUGCUCAGAUGGCUGGGAUAGGACUUCACAAGUUUGUUCUCUUGGAGCUCUCUUACUAGAUUCCUAUUACAGAACAAUCAAAGGGUUCAUGGUUCUGAUAGAGAAGGACUGGAUUUCUUUUGGGCACAAGUUCUCUGACAGGUGUUGUCAGUUGGAUGGUGAUCCAAAAGAGAUCUCGCCAGUGUUCACUCAGUUUUUAGAAAGUGUGUGGAAUCUGAUGGAGCAGUUUCCACAGGCCUUUGAGUACAAUGAAGCUUUCCUUCUUCAGAUCCAUGAACAUGUCCAUUCGUGCCAGUUUGGAAACUUCCUUGGAAAUUGCCAAAAAGAGCGAGAAGAACUAAAAUUAAAAGAGAGGACAUAUUCCUUGUGGCCGUUCCUUCUGGAUGAACAAAAGAAGUACCAGAAUCCUCUGUAUAGUCCAGAUUUUUCUCCAGAACUAACUCUUUUGGAGCCUAAUACAGUGUCAUUCAAUUUUAAGUUUUGGAGAAAUAUGUACCACCAGUUUGAUCGAAGUAUGCAUCCCAGGCAAUCUGUGUAUGACCUUAUCAUGAACAUGAGUGAACAAAAUAAACAGCUGGAGAAAGACAUAAAAGAACUGGAAGCUAAAAUAAAGCAGAAAAAUGGGCAACCAGGUGCAGUCCUUAUGAAAGAACAUCAGCAGUCUGCUCAUCCUGCACCCAUGGUACUGAAAACCCCUCCGUGUUUCAAGAAGGAGCAGCCACUGAUCCCUGUGAAUGAUGCUGUAAGAACUAUAGAGGGCAGCAACACAGCGGACAAUCGCUACAGUGAAUUCAUGGAAGAAUUUUCAAAAGCUGAGCCUGCUGUUGUCAGUUUAGAGUAUGGAGUGGCCAGGAUGACCUGUUGAAAUCUGGCACGGCGGUUCUCUCUUCUAGCCUGGCUGAAUUAAGACAUUUUGAGGAUGGGUCUGUGCUGCAUGACCAAAACAUGAUUUGUAUAUUGGCAAGUUUUGUUAAUGUAGGCUAGAACAGCAUGCUAAUUGUCAGGUGUUUGCUGUUCUUAUAUAUAUAUGUAUACAUAAAAAAAAAAAUAGUUGUAUUUUAAAAGAAAAAGGGGCAUUUGGUAAGUAGUGACUAAAAAUUGAGGAGUGGUAUGUCUUUGGACUUUGGGCCGGUUUGCACUAAAUUAAAACAGUAAUCUUUAUUCAGUAUAGGAAAACACAGGUGGUCUUUCAGGUGGUAUUUCAUGUUGAUUUUACUUGGGCGAGAAAACUUGAACUUUGUAUUUUGGGGACUGAAGCUACAAGUGUAUAUAUAUUGCACAUAAUACAAAUAUGUAUGCCCUUGUUAUAUAUCACCCAGUACUAAUUUUCAAUAUAUUAAGUGCCAUGGGAAAAGUAUUUAAAAACAUUAAUAGUUGGCCUUAAACCUGUUGAUCAGUAAUAUUGGCGUCCAUGACUACUGCACUCUGUAAACUGACUCUGUUUACAUUGUAUUUGUUCAAAUUGUUCUUUCCUUAAAACCGGACUGAAUACAGGGAAUGAAGCAUGCCUAAGCUGGCACAGCCUUUCAGCAAAUUGCUGUUUGAAUGUCAACUUAUUACUGAAGACUGUUCUUUCUUCCGGUUCCUCUGUUUAAAAUAUAAUAGAUCGGCCUGAUUUUUGCUCUCUAGUAGCUCAGUAGAUUUGAGCAUAAUUGGAAGUAUGGGUUAUGUAUGAUCUUAAAUGUUUUGAUUGUGGUAAGGUGUUUAAAUUUAGAAUAAAGAGUAAAACACAUAAGAAAAAAAAUUUAGCCAAUAUCUGAACGGAACUUGACUACUCAGGUUGCCCAGCACGCAGUUAAACAGUUGUUUGAGUUCCAAGAGUGGAAGCAGGAGUUCUAGAAUUAGUCUACUGACAUUGUUCCUGAGUACAACAAAAAUAUUUCAUUUAUGUAUCUGAAGCUCAUAAGAAACUGAGUGCCUCCGAGAUCUUUCUCUGGGAGAAAAACUUCAUAAUUAGUGAAGCCUCCCUCUUAUCUUGUAAAAACUUGUCCAGCCUGUACAUUUUAAAAAUAUUCAGAGUGUAGUGAAACUGCAUAUGUAAUUAUAUAAAAUCUUCAUCUAGCAGGAUACAGUAGAAAUUCUGACAAAAAAGUUGAUAUAAUAUAGAUUUCCAUGUUUGUAGCCUUCUAGUAAGGGAGAAGGUUUUCAUCAACUUUUAUCUCAUGACAUUUUCUGAGCAGGUAACAGAAAUAUUCAUAUUUGGGUAUUAAGAUCCCUAGGUAUGGUGUUGGAUUAAUGCUACUAGCUUUUUAUCUUUGGAUUUAAAUCCUUUUUGGUUAUAAGUGAAAAUGAGUUUAUUCCUAUCCUAAUCCCUAAAGUCUGUUUUGUUAAAAUUACUGGUCUGUGCCCCACAUAACUUGAUGUAACUGGCAGCGUUUCCCUCCACAUCAAAUUAGAUCCAGUAGUAUAUUAACAAGGCCAAUAUACGUCAUGAUCAAGUUGCACUUGUGAAGUUGUAUGGGUGAAGUUAACUGUGGCCCCUGUAUUUGGUGAGUAUAAUCCACUAUUGUUUGUUUAAAGCCUAUAAAUGUAAAUAAGUGUUCAUAAGUCUUUUUAUUCCCAAAGACAUAAUGUAAUCUUUAAAAUACAUUGCCCAGUCAUUUAAACAUGGUUAAUUUUUUUCCACUACAAGUUUUGACUGAGUUUCACAUUUGCACAGUGGUGCCUUACAGGGUUGCAGCAAGCGAGGGUUUUGUGCCUUAUUUGUUGUCUACCCAUCACCUCCUGUAUCAAACUGGUUCUGUGGUUUUCCUCUGAAAAAACAUCUUGUAUUACUAAGCUUGUGUUGCAUCUCACUAUGGAAACAAACAUCAUUGACAAUAUAGGCAAGUGUUAUCGGUUUGUAGUUUGUUUUAAUAUUUAGCUGCUCUGGUAUGCCAUGUAUAUUUUUUCAUAUUUAUUGUUUAGAGUUUAUGGAUUCAAAAGAUAAUAUUAAGCUUUUUUGCAAA